CCUGCCUCUCCCUCCGAGAUGGACACGGCCCUCCUGCUGGGACUCCUCGUCCUGCUCUGCUGUUUUAGGGCACUGCCUGGGGCCUUUCAAGACGGCAGUGACGCAGCCCGCAGGCUCACUGAGUUCUCAUCGCCAGCACAGGCAGCAGAAUCUCCGCGGACGAGGACGACUACCCAAGUGAGUGCGCAGCCUGCCCCAUGCCUGGCACUGCAGUGGGCGCCCCUCUUAGACCUCCCAGGCCAAGCGGCCUCCCCACCAGGCGCGCAGCUGGUCCAGUGUCGCAUGUGCCACCUACAGUUCCCCGGGGAGAAGUGCUCCCGGGGCAGAGGGCUGUGUGUGGCGACCAUGGAGGAGGCUUGCAUCACUGGGAAGAUCUUCAAGAAGGACGGGGGUCUCUGGCUGACCUUCAGGGGCUGCCUGAAGAACUGCGCCAACGUGUCAGGCAUUCGCUGGAGCAUCUACUCAGUGACCCUCUGGUGCUGCCGGGGCUACGACCUCUGUAACGAGGACCUCUAGACCUGCCGCGGCACUCUGGUGGCAGCGUUCCUGCCCCACGGUGCCUCCUGGGGGACACUCAGAGGGACUGACACGCACGGCUCUGCCUUCGCACGGCACAGGGGACGCCUCUGCGCUCCAGGGCUGUCCUGCCCUACAAAACAAACCGAAAACAAGCCCAGAGAACCCUGUGCGCAAGAGCAAUAAAGCCCGCAGCACUUA